AUGGAAUUUAGAAGAAGCUUUAGUAUGUCGAGAUCAGAACGCAUAUUACUUUCAUCUGAAUCUGUGACUUCAGAAUGUGCUAAAAUCGCUGGCUAUGAAAGACUUUCACAAUCCACGAAGCUUGAUGAGGAAGAUGAACACAAGAAGAAUAACAAAGGUAUUGGGUUUCUAAGUAAGGUCUUAACUCUCACAAAAACUUCCACUACCCACGAAGGGAACGAGGUGGUGGAGAAGAAGGAGAAGAAGGAAAAGAAACGUUCUUCUUGGCUUCCAGAUCCAGACAAACGCUGGCCAAUUCAAGGGUGGUGA